CUCUGUAUAGUUGCGAAUAAUUACCGACAGUCUGGGGAAACAGAAUGACUCACAAACCCAGACAGACCAUGAUACGUUGUAACUAUUAUUGCGUUAGCUCCCACUGGGUGACUCACAUGGUGAGUAAGUUACCGUAUUUAACACCCGCGUAACGAAUCGAGACCGACUUCGGAAGCAGUCUAGAGUCUAGGCAAAAGAAACUCCAAACCUCCCGCUCUUCUCUUUCUUCUACCUCCGCCUCACCACAGCAUCAUCUCAAUUGUCGGUUGAGAUUAAUAGCGAAACGCCUGCUUGUAAUUAUUUCGCCCUCUUCGUUGGAGUGAGGUCACUGCGAUGGCGUUUCGCCGUGCCUUGGCUAAGCCGGCGACUGCUGCUGCUGUUGCACCUUUGCUAUCAACCUCGGCCACCUCAAGGUGCGCCAUUGGAGUCUCUCGCUUCGAGCUUGCACAAUCCUCGCAAUGCCGCACAACAACUAGCUCUACCUCUGCCCUCGCAUACAAAGCCCUCCAUCGUCGGUCACCGUUGAAGCUCCCUGUCGCUGACCAUGCCCCUCAAUGGGAUGCUCCUGCAGCCGUUUCCUCGAUAUUAUACGAGACUCCGCUACCCUCGACGAAUCCCCCUAAACGCCAUGUACUCAAUUGCCUCGUCCAGAACGAGCCUGGUGUUCUCUCGCGAGUGUCGGGGAUUCUAGCUGCACGCGGUUUCAACAUUGAUAGUUUGGUUGUGUGCAACACCGAAGUCGCUGAUCUAUCCCGGAUGACAAUUGUCUUGCGCGGGUUGGAUGGCGUUGUUGAGCAGGCCCGUCGUCAGCUGGAUGACCUUGUCCCUGUCUGGGCGGUCCUAGAUUACACUGAAGCACCUCUCGUCCAGCGUGAGCUGCUCCUUGCCAAAGUCAGCAUUCUAGGCCCCGAGGCAUUUGAAGAGUUGCUCAAGCACCAUCGUGAAAUGACAUCUGAGGAUGCCCCAGAGACCUUUGGAGAGGCUGAAAAGAUUGCCUCUCUUGUCGAGGACUCUCACUUUCACCCUCGCAACCUUCCAAUCUCGCAAGCCCUGCGCCACAAGCACGAGCAUUUGGAUGCUAUCACCCGCCUCACUCAUCAGUUUGGUGGUAAAGUGUUGGAUAUUAGCACAAAUAACUGCAUAGUGGAGGUCUCUGCUAAACCGACUCGCAUCGACUCCUUCCUCAAACUUAUUGGGCCCUUUGGUAUAUUGGAAUCGACUCGCACUGGUUUGAUGGCAUUGACACGGUCUCCCCUUACGGAUGUUACCGAAGAAGUUGAGAAGGAGGCUGCUGACGUUGUUGAUGCCAGCACUCUACCCCCUGGUUAAAUUGAUGAUUCUGUUGUUUGAAAUGAAGUUAUUUCUUGAUGCCACUUAGUACAAUUUUCCUGUACAAUUGAAUGGAAUUAAAUCUAAUGCUGAUGCUCAUACGAGGUCA